GCAUACACAUUUGCAUUCUGAGACUUUGGUUGGGGUGAGUCCCCACACUGUUUGCACAAUUUCUUGGGCUCCUCUGACUAAAGGGCACAGAACUCCCAUUUGGCUGAGUGUCUAGCUGGCCCUCUUCUGAAAAUAUGGCUUUCCCUGCAGGAUUUGGAUGGGGGGCGUCCACUGCAGCUUAUCAAGUGGAAGGAGGCUGGGAUGCAGAUGGAAAAGGCCCUAGUGUCUGGGACACAUUCACCCAUCAGGGAGGAGAGAGAGUUUUCCAGAACCAGACUGGCGAUGUAGCUUGUGGCAGCUACACUCUGUGGGAGGAAGAUUUGAAAUGUAUCAAACAGCUUGGAUUGACUCAUUACCGCUUCUCUCUUUCCUGGUCACGUCUGUUACCUGAUGGGACGACAGGUUUCAUCAACCAGAAAGGAAUAGACUAUUACAACAAGAUCAUUGAUGAUUUGUUAACUAAUGGGGUCAUACCCAUAGUGACGCUCUACCACUUUGACUUGCCUCAGGCCUUAGAAGACAAAGGAGGUUGGUUGUCAGAGGCAAUCAUCGAAUCCUUCGACAAAUACGCCCGGUUUUGCUUCAGUACGUUUGGAGAUCGAGUCAAACAGUGGAUCACCAUAAAUGAGCCUAAUAUUCUUGCCAUCAUGGCGUAUGAUCUCGGUGUAUUUCCUCCUGGUGUACCUCAUUUUGGAACUGGAGGUUAUCAGGCAGCUCAUAAUUUGAUCAAAGCUCACGCCAGAUCCUGGCACAGCUACGAUUCUUUAUUCCGAAAGGAGCAGAAGGGCAUGGUGUCCCUAGGAAUUUUUGCUGGCUGGGCGGAACCAGCAGAUACCAACUCAGUGUCCGACCAGGAAGCUGCUAAAAGAGCCAUUGCUUUCUGCUUGGAUUUCUUUGCUAAACCCAUAUUUAUUGACGGUGAUUAUCCAGAAGUUGUCAAGUCCCAGAUUGCCUUCAUGAGUAAAAAGCAAGGCUAUCCAUCAUCAAGGCUUCCAGAAUUUACAGAAGAAGAGAAGAGAAUGAUUAAAGGCACAGCUGAUUUCUUUGCUGUGCAAUAUUAUACAAGUCGUUUAGUCAAGUACCAGGAGAACAAGAAAGAAGAAGUGGGUUUUCUUCAGGAUGUGGAGCUUCAAGUUUUUCCAGACCCAUCUUGGAAAAGGUUGGAUUGGGUCUAUGUGGUGCCAUGGGGAAUACGUAAACUACUGAAAUAUAUUAAGGAUACGUAUAAUAACCCUGUAAUUUACAUCACUGAGAACGGGUUUCCCCAGGGUGACCCUGCAUCUCUUGAUGACACUCAGCGCUGGGAGUAUUUCAGACAGACAUUUCAGGAACUGUUCAAAGUUUUUGUGCAAGGUAGCAGCAAACAGAAGCCCAGUUUUAUUUUUAUGACUAUAAAGGAGACCUGUAAAAUAAUUGAAGAAAAAUUUACCUGGAGAAAAUCAAUUUUUCCAAUAUGAAGAGUAGACUCAAUGGAAUCUUGAAAAAGGUGAGAAAAAAAAAGGAAGGAUUUGAUAAUGAUUUUUAAGUGAAAUAUAUUUGACACAUAACAUUUUGUAAGUUUAAAGUGUACAACACACUAAUUGGAUAUAUUUAAAUUUUGCAAUAAGAUAACCACCAUAGUGUUAGCUAUUAUGUUACAUAAUUAUUUCUUUUUUUGUGGUGGGGACAAUUAAGAUCUAGUUUCUUAGCAGCUUUGAACUUUAUAAUACAAUAUAGUUAACCACAAUCACUAUGAUGUGCCUUAUUAGCUCUCCAGAAUUUAUUCAUUAUUAGUUUCCAGUUUGUACCUUUAAACAACUUAUCCCCAAUUCCCUCACCCCCCCAGCCAAUGGUGACCACCAUUCCAUUGGUUUUUUAUGAGUAGUUGUCUUUCUCUGUCUGAUUGAUUUCACUUAGCAUACGGCCCUCAGGUUCCAUCCCUGUUGUCGCAGAUGGCAAGUUUUGCCUUUUUCUCAUGGCAGAGUAAUAUUUCAUUGUGUAUGCACACUCUCACACACACACACACACCACAACCUCUUUAUGCAUUCAUCUGUUGGUGGGCACUUAGAUUGUGUCCAUAUCUUUGGUUAUUGUGAAUAAUGCUGCAAUAAACAUAGGAGUGCAUAUAUCUCUUGGCUGUCAUCAAGAAGACAAGAGAUAAGUGUUGGCAACGAUGUGGAAAUAAGGGAACUCUUGUACACUGUUAACAGGAACAUAAGUUGGUUCAGCUAUUAUGGAAAACAGUAUGGAGGUACCUCCAAAAAUUACAAAUAGAGCUACCAUAUGAUAAAGCAAUUCUAUUUCUACUUUCCUUUUAUUAUCCAAAAGAAAUUAAAACAUGGGUUUGAAGAGGUAAUGAUUUCUUUUAAAACCUGUUUCAGGAGAGAGCGAUGCUAGAAUAUUCAGUUGAUGAGAGAGCUUUUGGAAUUGAGAGAAGGUGAACUCCUCAAGUUUUCCACUGGGCCAUGGUGAAGUGGUCCUCAAGCAGCUGCUUAUAUUAGCUCUUAUUUCCUGAUCUCCAAAAUAACUUGAUUACUACCUGGCUGCUUAGUUAUCUAGAGAAUGAAAAGGCACUGCUGUGGAACAAGGCUUGUAAAAUUUAUCUUAGUGGGAUUGGCAGGGGUUGCCUGGAUAAUGGUGUUAAUACAGAUUCUAUUGGACACCUGUGGGCUCAUGAAAAGAGUAGGGAGAAGCGGAUGGCCAGGUAUUAGCCCUUGCUACUCAGGAAACUUUACAUGAGUUUCCCAGUGCUUGGAAAAAAAAUAGUCCCCAUCAUAAAUUAAUACAUGGACAUUAUGUUAUGUAGAUGAAGGUCUUCAGUGGGGACUGACUCUGGGUGCACUAAAGAAACGAGUGUCUGGAUUUGCAGUGUUGGUAAUUACACCUUAAGCAGUGCUAAGCUCACCAGUUUUAUAGCCUUCCUCUCAGUGGUCUUAUCUUACCUACUUAUAACUUUGACAUGGUAUAAUGGUCAAUUGCUGUAUAGUACGAUAAAUAUUGUUUCUGCCCGCUUUCCCAGGUUGGGUGAAUAACUGGUUAACUACAUCCUAUAUUAUUUUUUCAAUAGCAAGAAGAAAAAUAGCUGUGUAGAAGAAAAUCAGCAAUAUUAUGAACAAAAACAUUAAAAAUUGGUGCCAUAACUGGUUCAUGGGCUCCUUACACAACCACAGCCCUUCUUUCAAUUAAGCACUUGUUGAAUAAGACAGUUGAAUAGAUGGGAGUUGAGAGACACUUUGAUUCUUAAAGAAAAUACCAUUAUAAUCCUUGGAAGUAAGGAAGAAAACCAUCUUCAGAAGAAAUGAAAGUUAUUAAAAG